AUGUUUUCUCUUCUAGUUGAUAUUCCUGCUGAUGCUAAAUGGGAACAGAACGGAGUGGCUAUUGCUGGAGGUAACGGGGCUGGGACUGCCACUAAUCAACUCAACUACCCUUAUGGUCUCUUCGUUGAUGAUGAUCUAACAGUGGUUAUUGCUGACUACUACAGUAAUCGUAUCAUGCAAUGGAAGAACGGUGAUACAACGAAUGGACAAGUUGUUGCUGGUGGUAGCGGCCAAGGAAGCGGAUUGAAUCAAUUGUAUGCUCCAACUGAUGUAUUGAUCGACAAAGAGACGGAUAAUCUCAUUAUUUGUGAUGCAGGUUUUGAACGAGUUGUACAAUGGUCUCGUCAUAGUGGUACAACACAAGGAGAAAUGCUCAUCGAUAACAUCCGAUGUUGGGGAGUAGCAAUGGAUGAACAGAGAAAUCUCUACGUCUCUGACAUCAAAAAUCAUGAAGUAAGACGAUAUCAAUUGGGUGAGAAGAAUGGCAUUCUCGUAGCUGGUGGUAAUGGACAAGGUAAUGGUCUUAAUCAGCUCAACGGGCCUACAUAUCUCUUUGUCGAUCAACAACAUAAUGUCUACGUGUCAGACAGAGAUAAUCAUCGUGUAAUGAAAUGGGGUAAAGGUGCAAAAGAAGGCAUCGUGGUCGCUGGAGGACAAGGCCAAGGGAAUGCUUUGACACAAUUUAAUUCUCCUUAUGGACUCUUCGCUGAUAAGUUGGGUACACUCUAUGUACUAGACCAGGGGAAUAAUCGAGUAAUGCGUUGGGCUCAAGGAGACAACAAACAAGGUACUGUAAUUGUGGGUGGAAAUGGUCAAGGAUCAGGAGCAAAUCAGCUGUUUGCCCCCAUUGGUUUGUCUUUCGAUCGACAUGGUAAUCUCUAUGUCGCCGAUCAAGUUAGUUGUCGUGUUCAACGAUUUUCUAUCGAAUAA